AUCUUUUUUUUUUUUUCAAAUAUCCAACGAGGGUUUAUGAAGGGCUUUAACAAAUCUGUGAAAAAUACAACUCAGCCCUCUUCCUUUCAAGCACUAUCAAUGACAGUUUCCAGUUGCGCAGUGUGAAAUCCCAUUUUGUCAUCUAAAUCUUAUCCAAACUCACUACGACAUGAACCAACCUUCAAUUUUCAAAAUCCCAUUCCUUCACUCGUUCAAUUGACGAAGCCAAUGUUGGAGCUCAUUGCAUUCUCGCGCAUCCACCGGCUGCACCACACGGUGCUCCGUCCUGCACACGAUCCUGCUUCGCGGCCGUUGCUCAGAGUGUUCAGUUCUCUCGGCGGUAAAAACACCGACAUUGGAGGCAGGUAUUUUUUCUGUUCCGAAUCCGGUGACGGUUCUGAUCAAGUAGUUGACGCUAGAGUCAGAGCGGCUGAGGAGGAGUACCAGUCAAAGGCCUCCGCCAUCGUUUCCACAUAUCCCAGACCCAAGGAUUAUCUCACUGAGUUGGAACUGGAGACUGAUGGCAAAACAGCCCUUACUGGUAAAUUCAGGGAAAAGAUUGAGCCGAAGAGAGAAAAUUGCCCACCUCAUAUUUUACGAGUUAUAGAUGAAGAACUUGUGAAACUACAGUUGUUGGAGGCUAGUUCUAGUGAAUUCAGUGUUACCCGUAACUACUUGGACUGCUUGACUGCACUUCCUUGCGGAUACAGCAUUCAAAAAUCAAAGCACUUACUAUUGUUGCGACCAAUCACCUUGCAUCACUGUUCAUAUAGUGGUAACUCCUCUCUCGUAUCUUCACACUUUGUGUCCAAAGAGACGGAAUCUCUACUCAACUUUUGUCACCAGCGAGACCUUCCCGGAGCCAUGCAUGUGUUGGAUGCCAUGGAAAGACGCAGAGUUUGGGCCGACGCUAUCACGUAUUCUGAGCUCAUCAAGUGUUGCUUGGCUCACGGUGCUGUCAGGGAAGGCAAACGCGUUCACCGCCACAUAUUCUCAAACGGGUACCACCCGAAAACGUUUCUGAUCAACACUCUCAUCAAUAUGUAUGUCAAAUUCAACCUCUUAGAAGAAGCACAUGUGUUGUUCAAUAAAAUGCCUGAACGAAAUGUUGUAUCGUGGACAACUAUGAUAUCCGCUUACUCUAAUGCCAAGCUCAAUGACAGGGCCAUGAGGUUCUUGGUUUUUAUGUUUAGGGAUGGAGUCAUGCCUAACAUGUUUACUUUCUCUUCUGUUUUGAGAGCAUGCGAGAGGUUGUCUGAUCUCAAACAACUGCAUUCUUGUAUAAUGAAAGUGGGGUUGGAGUCUGAUGUAUUUGUUCGCAGUGCGCUUAUCGAUGUUUACUCGAAAUUGGGGGAGUUGCUGGAAGCUUUGAGUAUUUUUCGUGAGAUGGUCACUGGAGAUUCUGUUGUUUGGAACUCCAUUAUUGCUGCGUUUGCUCAGCACAGUGAUGGGGAUGAGGCUUUGCAUCUUUACAAGAGCAUGAGCAGAGCGGGUUUUCGGGCGGAUCAGUCAACUCUUACUAGUAUAUUGAGAGCGUGUACUAGUUUGUCGUUGUUGGAGUUAGGGAGGCAGGUCCAUGUUCUUGUGCUAAAGUUUGACCAAGAUCUUAUCCUCAACAAUGCCCUUUUAGAUAUGUAUUGUAAGUGUGGUAGUUUGGAGGAUGCAAAGUUCAUUUUCAAUCGGAUGACUAAGAAAGAUGUAAUUUCUUGGAGCACCAUGAUUGCUGGGUUGGCCCAAAAUGGUUUCAGUACGGAAGCACUCAAUUUAUUUGAGUCCAUGAAAGUGAAAGGUCCAAAACCAAACCAUAUUACAUUUAUUGGGAUUUUGUUUGCAUGUAGUCACGCGGGGCUAGUAAAUGAAGGUUGGAUCUAUUUUCGAUCUAUGAAGAACUUGUAUGGGGUAGAUCCUGAAAGAGAACACUAUGGGUGCAUGCUUGAUCUUCUUGGAAGAGCUGGGAAGCUUGAUGACAUGGUUAAGUUAAUUCAUGAAAUGAAUUGUGAGCCAGAUGUUGUUACGUGGAGGACUUUGCUUGAUGCAUGCAGGGCACGUCAAAAUGUGGAUUUAGCCACACAUGCUGCUAAAAAGAUUCUAAAGUUGGAUCCACAUGACACAGGAGCUUAUGUGUUAUUAUCUAAUAUUUAUGCAACUUCAAAAAGGUGGAAUGAGGUUGCAGAAGUUCGGAAGGCUAUGAAAAUAAGGGGCAUAAGGAAAGAACCUGGAUGUAGCUGGAUUGAAGUCAAUAAGCAAAUACAUGCUUUUAUUUUGGGAGAUAAAUCACAUCCUCAAAUAGAUGAGAUCAAUAGACAGUUGAACCAGUUUAUUUGUAGGCUGACUAGUGUUGGUUAUGUACCUGACACAAAUUUUGUACUACAAGAUCUUGAAGGGGAACAAAGAGAAGACUCUCUUAGAUACCACAGUGAGAAACUGGCAAUUGUUUUUGGUAUCAUGAGCUUUCCUAAAGAGAAAACUAUUAGAAUAUGGAAGAACCUAAAGAUUUGUGGAGAUUGUCAUAAGUUUGCAAAACUUAUAGCAAUCAUAGAGCAACGACAUAUUGUAAUUAGAGAUCCUAUUCGAUACCAUCAUUUUAGAGAUGGGGUAUGCUCCUGUGGCGACUAUUGGUAGCAGAUGAGAAGCACAUACGACGAGACAGAAUCUAGGACAACUUUUAAGUUCAAAGCAGCACAUUUCACUCUACAAUCAGCUGUAUACAAGGAUAAAGUGUGCAGCAGUAGCAGUGCUGUCAGUUAACGUCAGUCUGAUUGAAAAUUGAUCACAAUGCUUAGCAGAUGAAGCAAGAAGGAGCAUGUUGGACCGACCACAUUUUACAACAGAUUCUCUGGUUGGGAAUUACUCAAUCUAUUGAGCAGUGGAAUUUUAGCUUUAGACAAGCUAUUUUGAGCGAUGAGAACUUUGAUGUUACUCGGGCGCAAAAGAUUCUUGAUGAAGACCAUUAUGGAUUAACUGAUGUGAAGGAAAGGAUACUGGAAUCAUAGCUGCUGGGAAACUAAGAGGAACUUCACAAGGGUCAUCGUCGAACCUGUAUUUUACAGGAUCUUCUGAAUUCUCUCAAUCAAUCCUUUACUUCUCGGAAUAUAAAACAAGCCGUAAUUGUUCUUCACCGACCUCAACAUUAACCGUAUCAAAUUUGCAGAGAUUUGGGAUCUGUUAUUCGGGAGGGUCCUUAAGCACCCCAGAUCUUAAUUUUAUAGAAAAUAUUGAAUUGAGGGAGAUGAAUAAAAUAAAAAUACAUGGCAAGAACAGAGAUUAGCAGAUGAAGCCUUACUUUCGAAAUCCAUGGCAGUAACAGAAAAUCCUAACUAAGCCUCAAGAUUAUAGAAAAUGUAUGGUCUAUAGAAGCCACUUUGAAGUUGAAUGCUUCAAAGAGAGGGAAGAAUCUUGAUGCCUAAACAACCGUGCCUUCUCCGCGGCCUCCAUUCGGCGAUGACAUUGACCGCUGACUACGAUGUCGACAAAACAAAAACGAACCGUCUCGAAGGAAUCACCAAGCAGUGUGCCGAAUUAAUAGACCGAAAACAAAUGCUGGAAGCAUAUUUACUAUUAGAACCUCCAGAUUACUGUAUAACUCAAAAGAAAUUGACAAAAAUAACCCUACGUUUUGCACUCUCAUGAACACAAGACAAUUAAGUACACCAAAGUAGAACUAAAAUACCAAUUAUCUCUACAUGGAAGACGUCUAUGAUGGAUUUCAGUGGUUAAUUUUUCAA